AUGGCGUCUCCGAGAGUGACGCGACGCGCUGCUGCUCACGCGCGGACGAAGUCAAACGUCUCAAAUAUUCCUCUCAUUGAUCUCACCAAUCGCGGCGGCGCGGCGUCGGCGAGCGAGAGAAAAGCGAAAGAUGGCGCGGCGAGAGGAAAGAGUGAGGUCGCGGCGAAGCGACGACGAGACGACGAUCUCGGGACGUCGGCGAGCAGGAAGAGCGAAAAACAGGGGAAGAAGACGAAGAGGGAUGAUUUGAAGUGCGCGGAGACGCUCGCACGAGGACGAGCGGUGCCGAAUGUGGAACGAGGCAUGGUGACGGCGACGAGUUUGGAUUACCCGUUCAGCGCGAAGGGUGGGAGACGGGCGAUGGAGCUGGUGAAGGAGAACGUGCUGUCGCCGUACGUCGACGACGGGCGAUACUUCAAUGCGGCGGUACGCCAACAACUCGUCGAUUGGAUGACGGCUCAGCACAACUCGAUGACGCUCGAGGACGAGACGCUACACCUAGCGAUCGUGUACGUGGAUACGUUCCUCAUGCACCGGGUUCCGGACAACUUUUUGAUGAGACACGGGAGUGGCAGUGAGCCAGUCGAGGCCAAACCCCUGCGCGCUCUUGAUGCGGGUAGAGUAUUGCACGCGAUGGACUCGCAGCAUCCGCUGUGCAACAAGCUCAAGCGUUUAGGUAUCACGUGUAUUUUCGUCGCCGCGAAGGUGACGGAGGUCACGACGCCGUCGGCAAAUGAGUUUGCUCGUCAUGCGCAAGUCUCAUCGUUCACGCGCGAGCAGCUCCUGCUCGCUGAACGCGCAUUGCUUCGCGAGUUGAACUACGCGUUGAUUCGUCCAACAGCGUUUUCGUUCGUCGAGGCUUACAUCGAGAGCGUUCUUCGAUCGACGAACAGCCUGAAAAGGUUUCCCGACCGGAUCGAUUUUGCAAACUGUCCAUUCGCGGACUAUGGAGAGGUGUCAACGUGCUUCAAGGAGACGGCUUUUUACCUCGUGGAGCUCACAAUGUACGGACACGAGGGUUUGAAGUUCGCGCCGUCUCUGAUCGCCGCCGCCGCGGUGGCGGCGGCGUUGGACCGCCUGAAGAUCACGUGGGACGAGGUGCCGAUCAUGGAGGAGAUUUCUGGCUACGGGAACGACUCGCUCAAGGAGCCCAUGGAUUUCCUCCGACGCGUAGCGCGAGACUCGCAGAUGAUCGAGGAGUACGGUGAAGGUCUGGCGGUGAACGACAAGUACGAAGGUGUCUGUCACUUUUUAUUCAGUAGAUAG